AUGGCUACGCUGUACGCGCGCCAGAGCCAGCUACGGGCCACCAACCUCUUCUCACUCCACGGCCCCUGCACCUCGACCCGAUUCUUCUCCCAGCAGCAGCAGCAACGGCCGCGAUUCUCCUCCCGCCUGCGGACCGCCCUUAAUAACAGCAAGGUGCAGUGGUACCAGAUCCCCGUCGGCCUCGGCGUCGGCUUCUUGGGCCUGGUCCAGUUCUACAAGGUCUCGACCCGUGAGCGCGAGAAGCAAGAGAGGGACGAGGUCCAGGAUGGCUCGCCGCCCAAGAAACGCGCAAAGAUCAGGCCCGACGGACCUUGGCAGGUCCAGGUCAUGUCAACGCUGCCCUUGAAGGCCAUCUCAAGGCUCUGGGGUCGCUUCAACGAAUUGACCAUUCCCUACUACCUGCGUGUUCCCGGAUUCAAGCUCUACUCAUGGGUCUUUGGCGUCAACUUGAACGAAGUUGCCGAACCCGACCUGCACACAUACCCGAAUCUUGCCUCCUUCUUCUACCGCCAGCUCAAGCCUGGUUCCCGUCCCCUCCACCCGGACUCCAACGCCCUGCUCUCCCCGUCCGAUGGCCGCGUCUUGCAAUACGGCCAGAUUGAAGGCGGAGAUAUUGAGCAGGUCAAAGGCAUGACGUACAGCAUCGACGCCCUCCUUGGCAAGAACACCCCGACAUCAAGCAUCGCAAGCGGCUGGUCUACGCCGCAGGAAGCCGAGGCCGAGAGGGCGAACAUUUCCCCCAACGAGGACAUCGUCAAGACGGACGAGGAAUUCGCACGCGUCAAUGGCAUCUCGUACACCGUGCCCAGCCUCCUUUCCGGCGCCGCCAUGACGCAGCGCAAGGGUUCUCUCAAGGACGAGGCCGCCGAAACCCCUUCGCCGUCCGCAGUCUCCGAAGUUCGUGCCGACCUCGCCCUCGGCGAGAAACCCUGGUACGACCUGAUCUCUCCUGACAACAAGACUUCUCUGUACUAUGCCGUCAUCUACCUUGCCCCCGGCGACUACCACCGCUUCCACUCGCCCGCAAACUGGGUCGUCGAACGCCGCCGUCACUUUGCCGGCGAGCUUUACAGCGUGUCUCCCUAUCUCCAGCGCACGCUGCCCGGUCUCUUCACCCUCAACGAGCGUGUUGUUCUUCUCGGCCGCUGGCGCUACGGAUUCUUCAGCUACGUCCCCGUUGGUGCUACCAACGUGGGAUCUAUCAAGAUCAACUUUGAUCGAGAGCUGCGCACAAACAGCUUAACCACAGACACAGCGGCCGACCGUGCUGCCGAGGAGGCUGCAGCCCGCGGCGAGCCCUACACGGGGUUCGCAGAGGCUACAUAUGCCUCGGCCAGUCCUGUGCUUGGCGGCCAUGCGCUGCGAAGAGGCGAGGAAAUGGGUGGUUUCCAGCUCGGUAGCACCAUCGUAUUGGUGUUUGAGGCGCCAACCGAGGGUAAGACGCCGGAUGACAAAUCCGGCUGGAGAUGGGCUGUUGACAAGGGCCAGACAGUUAAGAUGGGACAGGCGUUGGGAUUUAUUGAAGAGUAG